UCGCGUUUGUAGCUCGUGUGAAAAUAAUGUUACAGUUCAACGAAAAUUUCCUGCUGCUUCUCUUGGGAGUGGUAGCCCUAAGUCGUGGCCUUUAUAUUGUAAAAGACGAAUGUCCUCCAAACGAAGAGUAUUUGCUGUGCGGGUCUGCGUGUCCGUUCAACUGCAGCUCCCCCUCAGGCCCCGUGGUCUGUUCCGAUGACUGCGUCGAGGGCUGCUUCUGCAAGUCAGGGUUCCUGAGGAACGAGAACGGCACCUGUGUCGGGGUCGAUCAGUGUAUUGGCGAGCAAUGUCUAAACGAGAAUGAAGUCUACGACAUUUGUAACGCGUCCUGCGAGCCGACUUGUGCUGAUCCCGAACCGAUCUGUACCAAAAUCUGCGCCGGAGGCUGUAUCUGUGCCGACGGACUCCUCAGAAACGACGCCGGCGAUUGCGUCAGCAUCGACAAGUGUCCCGGAGGAAACUCAACCGAUCCGGGCUUCUUGAAUAAAUAUUUGGAAGUUAUUAACAAAAUUUUGCAAGUGUGAGUUUUCUUGUGAAUUUGGAUUCUCAGGCGGACAGCGCGGCUGGUGUUAGGUAGUUUACGUCAAAAAUUGAUUGCAGUCGCGUGUGCUUGUAAAGGGACGCUUCAUAGAAAUUCGAUUGUAGGAGGCCGCCAUUGUCCAUGGUUCUUCAUCGCUCGACAAUCUCUUCCAGACAACCAUCAGGUGGAAAAGAAUCUUAUGGAAACGUACACGCGGUGUACCAAUCAAUUGAAAUUUAUACUUACACACACACACACACAUACAUACAUAUACAUACACAAAUUCCUUACAUAUCUCUAUAUAUAAAAAUGAAUUGCUGUUCGUUAGUCUCGCUAAAACUCGAGAACGGCUGGACCGAUUUGACUAAUUUUGGUCUUGAAUUAUUCGUGGAAGUCCAGGGAAGGUUUAAAAGGUUUAAUUAUAUAAAAACAAACAAUUUUGUUUUUCCUUUGAUGUGCCCCCUUGAUGUGUCUUUUAUUUAUCGAUUGAGGCACUACGAAGUCUGCCGGGUCAGCUAGUAUACAAUAAGAAUAAAGAAUUUACAUAUAAAACAUACUUAAAAAGUUUCUGUUCAGAUUUAAAGCUUUAGCUUCAAGAGGGGCGGCGGCUUUUACGUUAUGAUACCUAUAGACUAGAGUUACAGCUAAACACCAAACAUCAAGUCAGUUGUGAACUCGUCCACCCAAAACAAUCCUUGCUGCGUAUCUAUGAAAGCAUUUGGAAAAACUGAAAACAUUUGUAGAAAACAUAUUCAGGCAAAAAAUUGUGGCAAAUUUUUGACAUGCUUAAUGCGUUCGUAAACUGCUUAUCCAACUGUGACGAAGCUUCGUAUAGUUGAUGGUGCUUCAGGAAACAUUUCUGUCAUAGUACCACAUGGCGUGGGUGGAACUUCCAUAACAGUGUGCUUAGUGCGAGUUUUUUAACGUUCUCGAUAGCGUAAAAGUUAACUCAAAUUUGUAUGGAGUUGGAACGUUUGCCUAUGUUUGCCGCUAGGGGCGCUGUUCCAACUGCAUACAAAGCACACAGAAGGUGGCCAAGUUUCAUUAGUUUAAGGUCUGUGUAAGCGUAAAUAUUACGAAAGGAAAUCUAGGAUGUCAACAUUUUGUUUCAAGUUUCAAUGUAUUUGCGUAACAUUUAGCAUAGUCUAAUAAAUUGUAAUAAUUAUUUAGGGUUUGCUUGGAAAAUUGGUUUAUCGCUAACGCCAUCUAGUGGCUGGGUAAGGAAACAAAGAAAAUGUAUGAAAUCAAAGUAGGUAAUAUAAACUUAGUUUUAAUUAAGAUAAUAAUAUUAUAUAGUUAUACAAUUUAUUUUAAUAUAACAUUGAGUAAAUAAGUAAAAAUAAACAUUGAAAUCGCGAGCCAGUU